CUGGCCAAUAUCUUUUAUUUUUAAAGUUUCUAGAACUAGCAUGCAUUAUUUAAAAACAAACUAUUUUAAUCGCCUUGGAAUUAUCAGUAAAAACUUAUGACAGAACUCUUAAAGGAAAAGCAAACAAGUCCGUGUAACCAUUCAUUAAGAUUAAACCUGAGGAUGUCUUAAAGGAACAGCGUUAAAAUGGUAUUUUAUUCUGUUUGGAUCUGUUUAUUUCUCCAUUGUACGACUGUUGAACAUCUGUUCAGUGCCAUCAUUGUCCUGGGGGAUAUGGAUACAAAGGUCAUAUCUGUAUGGAUGUGUUUUCUCAAGGAGUUCAGUCUGUUGGAAAGUCAGAACAGGGUGAUCGUUGUGCCAAAACACGGUAGUCCCCGUGCUGGUGGUGUGGAUGGGAAGCUUCAGGGCCUUCCCAAGAGCUGCCAGAGGUGAGUCUUCGCCUGUCCGUCCUGCUGGAGGACACUGAGGCAUGCCCCGCUGCCUUGCAGCUGCCGUGCAGCAGUGGAGGUCGGCUGGCCGGACAGCGGUGUGGCUGCAUGUGCCCAUCCUCCAGAGCCAGCUCAUCGCCCCAGCGGCGGCCCUGGGCUUCCGCUUCCACCAUGCAGAGUCGGACUCGGCAACACUGACCCUGUGGCUGGCGGACGGACCCAGCAGACUCCCGGGCUAUGCGACACACCAAGUGGGAGUUGCAGGAGCUGUAUUUGAUGAAAGUACUAGAAAAAUAUUGGUUGUACAAGAUCGAAAUAAAUUGAAAAACAUGUGGAAGUUUCCAGGAGGCCUGUCAGAGCCUGGAGAAGAUAUUGGAGACACAGCAGUUCGAGAAGUUUUGGAAGAGACUGGUAUAAAGUCAGAAUUCCGGUCCCUCCUGAGUAUUCGGCAACAGCACACAAGUCCCGGAGCUUUUGGGAAGUCAGAUAUGUAUAUCAUCUGCCGCCUAAAGCCGUAUUCAUUCACCAUAAACUUUUGCCAGCAUGAAUGCUUGAGAUGUGAAUGGAUGGAUCUCAGCAACCUGGUCAAGACCGAAAAUGCGACUCCCAUCACCAGCAGAGUUGCCAGGCUGCUGCUCUACGGGCACAGAGAAGGGUUUGACAAGAUUGAUCUGACCAUGGAGGAACUUCCAGCGGUUUACACAGGCCUGUUCUACAAGCUCUAUCAUAAGGAACUGCCAGAGAAGUACAAAACUCUGACAGGAGUGGACUGAAGGCACAUAACAUGUUUAGAAAGAAAGUUCUAAGUGACUGUACACGUGGAUUAGCGAACGCCAUACUAUAAGCAGAGAAUGUUUGAAGUUGAUUAAAUACUUGACUCUAAUUUUCUAAGGCAGAUGAUUUCCAAGAAGAAAACUUGCAUACAAAUGUGCACAUCUUAAAAGCCUCUUUUCAAAUAAAGCAAAUAAACAUUUGGAGAGGAUUGUAGCUCUAGGUAAGCUUUACUGGGUAAUAGCAAGUGCUAUAUAAAAAGGGUGAGUCUACAUUUUCCAAGAAUUUUUGCUAUUUUUCUUUACUCAGACCAUUUUACUACUGGUUAAAUAUUUUACUACUGGAUAAAAAGUUGUCGACCAGUUAUCCAAACUGAGCUGUGCACAUGUAUUUUCUUUUCCUCUCAUUAAAAAACUUCUAAAAUAUA